CAAUCUUCGAACACCAAAUUACUCCUAUAAGUACCAUCAUGAUAUAGCCAUGGAAAUAACAUAGUACUCAUAAAACCAAGAAAGCAAUAUUAUCAAAAGAGAUCAUGAAGUUGAUCAAUAUCCAAACCUUGAGCUUCAUGUUGCUCGCCAUUGCCAUAGCGGCAACGGCUCAAAACCCCGUGCGUGACACUUCCGGCAAGCCUCUCCGUCGAGGCGUCGAAUACUACAUCAAACCCGCGAUAACUGACAACGGCGGCCGCUUCACUUUGAUCAACCGGAACGGCUCGUGCCCCCUCUACGUCGGUCAGGAAAACACCUCCGCCGGACGGGGCCUACCGGUGACGUUCGCGCCGUUUGUCGCGGAAGAGAAGAUUGUGAGGGAGACGAGGGACUUCAAGGUAUCAUUCGCGGCGGCGACGAUCUGCGUGCAGUCGACGACAUGGAAGCUUGAUGGUGAGCUGAUCGGGACCGGAGAUGAUGAAGGUUAUGACAACUACUUUUACAUUAGUCCGGGGGAAGUUGAGAACACUUAUGUUAUAGGGUGGUGCCCAAAUGAUGCUUGCCCUGGUUGUAGGUGGCUUAGAUGUGGGCAAAUUGGGGCUAUAGUUGAGGAUGGGAAGAGGUUGUUGGUCUGGGCUGGCCGUUCUGUGCUUCCUGUUGUCUUUGAGAGAGCUCGUUAUUAAAAGAACGAAAAUUAGUUUCUCUUGUGGAAAAGAAAAAAAAAAAAAAAAAAAAAAAGAAAGAAAAAGUCAGGUCUGUAUUAAUUGCAUGCUUAAUAAUGGUGGUAUGAAGGUAUUGCAAUAAAAGGAGUUUUGAAUUAAUAUUUAUAAA